AUGAAUUCAAAUGAAUUACCAGUACGAUCACGUCAUCGUCAUCGUCAACAUAGAAGAAGACAGUUAUCAUCAGAUGAAAUUGAUACUAUAGAACUCGAUUCUAUACCAUCUUCAGCACAGAUCAAUAAACGAACAGUAGCAGUUUUUCUUCCUACUACAGAACAGGAACACGAACAUGCUGUUGAAUCACCAUUAGUGAAAAUAAUUUUAAGAAAACGACGGAAAGCUUGGGCUAAACUUGUUGCACCCGUUGAUGAAAGUAAAAUAAAAAAAAAUACAGAAUCUUUUACAGCAAAAUUUACAAAAUUAUUUUCAAAAAUUCCAUCACCAAUUCAAUCCUUAUUGGGUUUUAUUGAACAUCGUAGUGGUUUUACAAUUCGUUCUUAUUUUGAAUUUAUUGUUUGGUUAUUUUAUUUAAAUAUUUUUACAUUUAUUCUUUGUUUUACCUGUAUAAUAAUGCCAACAUAUAUCUAUCCAAAUUCAAUAGAAUUUUCUUCGUAUGCAAUGAAUGAAUAUAAUAAAAUCAAUGAUAUUCCAAUAUAUAAUUAUUCUGACCAGUGUACAUUAACUGAUCCACAAUGUGAAUCGCUUAAUAUACCAUUAUCAAGUCAAGAUAAUGUUUCUAAUAAUUCAUGCUUAGAUAAUUCUUAUACUGCUAGUAGUUGUUGUUCAUUACAUACAGAAUCAUAUUUCGUAAAUUCAUCACGUGAUGGUGAGAAUGAUUGGACAGAAUAUUUAAUCGAUCUUAUUGAUGGAACGGGAUCUCUCACUCUCAAUCGAUUAUUUAUUGGUUAUUAUCGAAAUUUAACGAAAUCGAAUGAUGAUGGAUCUUAUUUUCAAACAUAUAAUAUGGGUUUAGCUGUAUUUUUAACAAUAUUUGCUUGUCUUUUAGUAACGGGUAUUAUUAUUGUUCGAAAAUUUGGUGAUGGUAUGAGAAAAAGUUAUGUACAAAAUGAAUCAUUUGAAAAUAAUCUUUUUCAAUAUAUAUUUGCUCGAUGGAAUUAUCGUUCUGUUCAUAAUGUUCUUGCUCGUCGACAUGAACAACGUUUUAAAAGUGAAAUAAAAAACAUUUUAUUUGAACUUGAUGAUAAACGAAGUUUUAAAUUUGAACGAGCAAAAGAUAAAAUUAUCUUUCAAAUUCAACGUCUAUGUCUUUGGCUUAUUACAAUUAUUAUAUUUGGUGGAGCAAUUACUAUUCUUUAUUUUACUCACCGAUUUUCCUUUCAAGAAAGAGCAAAAAAAGAAAUGAACAAUGAUGUAACUGGAUCAAAUCGUUUCCUCGAUAUGCUUAUUGAAUACUUACCUUCCAUAAUAGUUUCAGUAAUUAAUUUAACAUCGCAAUUAGUCUUUGCUUAUAUGAGAGAUUUUAAAUUAUAUACACGUACUAGUGCUCUUCGACAUUAUUUAAUCAGAGUCAUUAUUAUGCGAUUAGUUUUACUUUUUUCUUUUGUUUUUAUUAUCAUAUUACAAAUAACAUGUAAUAGCAAUCAAUGUGGAAGACAAUCGGAGUUAAUUGAAUGCGCAGAAAUUAAAGGCAAAGCAACUUUUAUACAUUGUUGGGAAACAUUAAUUGGUCAAGCUAUUUAUAGAUUGGUUCUUACAGAUACAGUUGUUAUGUUAAUUGUUCAUCUUAUUGUUGAUCCAAUACGAACUUUAUUAAGACGCUGUUUUUUUCCCGAACAAGUUGUACAAGAACAAGAUGGAACGACAAUAAAAAUUCAUGCAGCACCUAAAACUUGGUUUCUAUUUCAACCAUUAGAAUUUGAAGUAGGAGAUUAUGUAUUAGAUCUAACCUAUUCGCAAACAUUAUGCUGGCAUGGAAUACUUUUCUGUCCAUAUUUACCAUUAAUUGCUGCAGUUAAAAAUAUAAUUAUCUUUGCUACUAAAUCAUUAAGUUUAGCUUUCUUUCGAAAAAGAUCCGGAUUGGAAUUAAGUCCUGCUCGAGCUCGAUAUAUAUUUACAAGUGUGCUACUUUUUUCUUUUGUCUGGGCUUUAUUACCAAUUGCUUUUCUUUCAACAUCACUUCGACCAUCACGUGGUUGUGGGCCAUUUCGAUUGUACAGUCAUGAACCUGACUUUUAUUUGUAUUAUUCAGUUCGCAAUGUUUUUUCACAAGUUCAAAAUCGAAUUUUAGUUCAACUUCUAUUCAAACUUACUAGUGCUGUAGUUAUUGUUCCACUAGUAUUAAUUCUAAUUUUAAUAUCAUGUAUUUUAAUUAUUCGACGUAAUAGUUAUCGAGGAGCAUCAGUGGAACUUUAUAAAUUAUUGUAUUCGUCACAUAAAACACAUCAACUGGCUGUAAACAAUCCAACUGUUAUGUCAGUAGCUUUAUAA